CACCACGUCAAUAAGGUGCUAUUUAUAGAUGAUACACAUCCUACCAAUGUUCACAAUCAUUUUUGCUUGUCUUUAACACCGUCACUCUCUCACAUAAACUGAACUAAAUUGACUGACAAUAGCCCCUUUAUUCUCAAGCAGUUACAGCUCUGCUAACAGCUAGAUAGUGCUACAGGUCGGUGGCAGCCGGUUAUGACGUAUGUACAUGCGCAGCAGCAGCAGCAGCAGCUGAGCAGGAUGCAUGGUAGCAACUGUGUUGUUAUUUGAUGGGAGAUCACACGGAAACUGGAUUAGAUCCGUCGUUUUAUUCGGUGUUGUCGAGGGCUGUAUGGAAAUCUGGUGCAGUUAUGCAACUAACCUGCAGGAUAUGCAAGUGUUGGUUGCAUUUGCAGCCCCAAUAAGGCUGCAGAGUUAGCAUUGUGAUAGCAAAGGAAACCUGCUUUGUGCACGCUAGUUUUUGCAGUUUUGCAGUUUCUCUGGGAAUGCAUCUCUCCAAGAAAUGCUCCGUCUUCAAAGUGGUGCUGAGUGCUCUGAUGAUAGUGGCGCUCCUGCAGCUCAUCUACCUCUCCUUCUUGUCCCAGUUUCACGGUAAGCAGCAGAGGUACAGGUUCUCGAAGCUCUUUGGAGGCUCUGGGGGCAAAAAAGAUGGGCACCAAGAGAAGAACUCGAGGAAGGAGCGUCUGAGGUACUCCCUGUCCACUGGUGGGAUCUUUGACAACAGUGGUCAGUACAGGGUGUACAAGAACUUGAUCAAAAGUGACUUCACCACCAAUCUGAAGCCAGGAUCUGACUCCACCUCCAAUGUCCUGGCUCUAGCCACACACACAACCAUCAACAACCUGCAUCACCUGGAGUCUCUUGUGGAAAGGUGGCACAACCCUCUCUCUGUGGCCAUAUUCGCACACGGGCAGGAUGUCAAGUUUGCCACAGCUCUGGUGUACGCACUCAGCUUCUUCUGCCCUCAAAUCCAGUCCUUGGUGGACUUCCACUUGGUCUGCCUCUCUGGGGAGAUGGCCAGUUUCCCUGAGCAGGACCGUGAACACUUCGCAGGGCUUGAGGACUGUGCGUCUGUGUUUUCCAGACUGGAGUCCCACAGGGAUAAAUACAAGAACUACGCCAUCAGUGGGAACGUCUCCUACCCCAAUAACCUUCUUCGCAACGUCGCCCGAGGUGGCACAGAGUCCUCCUACGUUUUGGUCAUCGACAUCGACAUGAUGCCGAGCGCUGACCUGCACCAGCAGUUCCUGGCCUUGAUCGUGAGGCGUGAGCCGGUGAUCGAGGAGGUGUUCGUGUUGCCCGCCUUCGAGAUCCGCCACGCCCGGAAGAUGCCCGCCAACAAGGCCGAGUUGGUGCAGCUCUACCAGGUCGGCGAGGUCAGGCCCUUUUACGAAGAGCUGUGUCCUCGCUGUCAGGCCCCCACCAACUACUCCCGGUGGGUCAACAGCCACGUUAGAGAGACAGGAACCCUGGAAGUCGCCUACACGCUCACCUGGGUGGACCCCUGGGAGCCUUUCUACAUCGGGCCCCACACUGUGCCCCUCUACGAUGAGAACUUCAAGCAAUAUGGCUUCAAUCGUAUCAGCCAGGCCUGCGAGCUCCACGUGGCCGGAUUCAAGUUCUCGGUGCUGAGCUCAGCCUUCGUGGUGCACCGGGGCUUCAAGAUCCAGGGGGAGUUCCACGCCAGGAAGGACGAGGAGAACAAACGCAACCGGGUUCUGUUUCGCAGCUUCAAAGAGGGCCUGAAAACCAAAUACCCAUCCUCCAACCGACGGUGCUGAAACGAGAUGAGGGCUACACAUCCUGCCUCUACAGUUUUCUUAAUUUUAGAAAGGCUAUCUCUUCCCAACACGUCCUAGCUUUUCUUUGAUUUUUUUUUGUGAUGACGGCACAGCAGGAGUUUCAUCUAAUGCAACGCUCGGGUUUAUUUCAAGUCCCUCUGAAAGUGAGCAGCAGGGAUCUCUGGGGAUCUCUGAGAAGUAAGAAAUGAUCAUUCAAGACUGUAAAACUGGUUAGCAGCUUUUUUUAAUCAAAUGCAUAUCCAACAUCUGGAUGGCCAUUUGAUCGACAUUAAUGUUUAAAGCAAAUGAGGUACAUUUUCUAUUUUAAAACAUUUUUGAGCUUGUCCAGAUACGAAAAUAGACACGGAUGUGACUGCAAGCCAAAGCGUCUCUACAUAUUCACUCAGAGAGAGAUCCUGUGAAACACAAAGUUAAAGGUUCGACACUUCAUGACAGCUGAUCAAAGAUUGCCUCGUUCCUCAAAGUCCAACUGAAAUCACAUUUAGUCUGUCAAAAGCCAUUAAUAGUUGAGUUUUUUUAUUAAAAAAAGAAAGAAAAAAGGGUCUUUCUAUCCCAAAGAUAGAACUGUGAUGUUAUCGCUACUACAAUAUGACUGGCUGCUGUACGAAAACAAGUUUUCCGUACACGUGGAAAAUAAACUGACUGGUUAAUGCAAAUAUAGGGGGCACAAUCAGGAAAAGGGAGAAUUACUGGUAUAUAUUUUUUUGGUUUCAUGAUUGUGCCCCUUAUAUUUACCUCCGCCAAGGCCAAGGGUCUAUAUGCAAAUCAAUUUCAGUUGGACUUUAAAUUUGGGUCAACAAAACUCUAGCCUGGUUCAAGACAUUUUUAUCAGAUAUUUUCAGCUAUUCCAUAAUAAUAAUAACAAUGAAGUGAAAGUCUGAUUACCAGGUUAACUACAAUCCCAGUUUUCCACAAAUGUAUCACUAGAUUUUCAGUAUGAAUGUCGUGUCAAUCAAUGAUGUGGUCCGACCACCAGGUGGCAGCGGAUACUUGUGUGAGUGUUAAGUGCAGUGUUGCAGUGAAUAUUUGAGCCUGAAGUGAGUGUUAAAACACUUACAUCAGAACACAGGGAUUACACAACAACAUGCAGUGUUGUUUGGCGCUCAGGGGGAUGUAAAUGUACGCCGCGCCACAUCUGUCAGCACAUUUUCAGACGUUCUCAUCGCAAACUGUCUGAAGAGAUCACCCCACAGGUCAUGAGGACAACAAAGCACUGGGAAACUUUACAUAGAACAUUGUACGACACAAUGAUUUCACCAACACUGUGGGAAACUACUGUAUUAUAACACGGAGGAUCUGACGCUGGGAGUCGGUUAGAUUAUUCUCUAUAUGAUGUGGGCUACAGGUGGAAAUACUGCACAAUCAAAAUGUUAACCACGAAUAAAUAAGCCUGUGUUAUCGAAAUGUUUAUCUCAACACCACUACAAAAUAUCUCAUAUUAUUCUGUAACUUACAGCACAUAUCAUCUUUAAACCUUGACUAUCACUCUUAUUAUAUAAACAGCAUAUGUACUGUAUGCAUAUACAAAACAUGUUUGGUUACUUUUAAGUGUUAAGUUGUAAUUUUGGAGAAUACUUGUAGUGUUUUGUGAUAUAUUUAUUGUGAAAAUCUUUUUUCCUUCAAAUGGAAUUAGUUGAACCAUCUUUUUUAAAAAUGACCCCAAGCAGGAAAACUGUAGCAUGAAAUUGUGUUUAGUGCGGAAAAAGUGAUCAUUUUUUGUUUUAGAACCACUAUAAACUCAUUUUAAUUUGGUAUUUUUUUGGAGUGAGAUCAAUUUAAUGUUGUGUGAUGAUGUGAUGUGAUGUUUCAUUUCUCAUGUCUUUUCCUUACUUGAAUUCUUUUUUUUUUUUGUAUUUAUUUUUUUCUUUUGUGUUCACAAAAUACAAUGCCUGAUUUGUAUUGUUGGGACUUCUAUUAAACCUACUGGAUGACUUUUAUUAGACCCA